CUUAUCUUCUACUCCUAUUUUUAGAACUACAAAAUAAUCAAAAGCUUAAUAUAACCACAAAAUUCUCUCUUACAAAAAGAAGAAAAAAAUGGUAGACACUGAUCGAGCAAAAGAACUAAAGGCCUUUGAUGAUACAAAGGCUGGUGUAAAAGGACUGGUCGAUACAGGGAUAGUUCGUAUUCCUGAAUUCUUCGUUACACCGGCCUUAAUAGAAAAUGAGUUCAGUGCUAAGAAUCUUAAUUCAUGUUCAGAUAUAGAAGUUAACGUUCAAAUCCCGAUUAUAAAUCUUGAGGAUAUAAACGGAGAUGAUUUUCGACGCAGAAGAAUUGUUGAAGAGGUUAGUGAGGCAUGUAAGACUUGGGGAUUUUUUCAAGUUGUGAACCAUGGUGUGCCUCAACAUGUUAUGAAUGAGAUGAUUGGUGGAGUUAGAAGUUUCAAUGAACAAUCAAAUGAGAUAAAAAUGGAAUUUUAUUCAAGGGAUAAUUUGAAGAAAGUGAAAUUUAAUAGUAAUUUUGAUCUUUAUCAAUCUAAAGCUGCAAAUUGGAGGGAUACUUUAGCUUGUGUUAUGGCUCCUAAUCCUCCUACUAAUGAUGAAUUACCAGAAAUAUGCAGGGAGGAAUUACUUCAAUAUUCUGAUCAUGUUAGAAGAUUGGGCCAUACAAUAUUUGAGUUACUAGCAGAGGCACUUGGGCUGAAGCCCAAUCACUUGUUGGACAUGGAAUGUGCUAAAGGCCAUUUCAUUCUUUGUCAUUACUAUCCACCUUGUCCUGAGCCCAAUAAGACUCUUGGAAUCACUAAGCAUACUGAUCCAGAUUUCUUCACAAUUCUUCUACAAGAUCAAAUUGGUGGGCUUCAAAUUUAUCACCAAAAUCAAUGGAUUGAUAUUCAUCCUGUUACUGGAGCCCUAGUUAUCAAUCUUGGUGACCUUUUGCAGCUUCUAUCAAAUGACAAGUUCAAAAGUGCUGAGCAUAGAGUAUUGUCAAAACAUAUUGGGCCAAGGAUUUCAGUUGCAUGUUUUUUCACAACUCAAUUUCAGCCAUUUGAUAGACUUUAUGGCCCAAUAAAGGAAUUGUUGUCUGAUGAAAAUCCUCCUUUGUACAAAGAAACAACAGUGAGAGAUUAUGUAUCCCAUUACAACUCCAAAGGACUUGGUGCUAUCCCUUCACUUCUCCAUUUAAGGCUCAACUCGUCCAUUUGACACCUCUGUAUAUAUGUGCUUGGAAUAUUGAAUCAUUUUUGUUUGAAAAAAUAAGCUUGAAAAUA